GCCAGCCAAUAAUUCAAUUCAUAUUUUAAUGUUUUUACCCUGUGCAAAUUAAUUUCACACUUCGUUUUAAAUGCCAAGUCGCUGCAACAGCUGAACUCAUCAAAUCCAAUAGGCAACCCCCCUCUUACCUUCAGAACUUACAAAAAAUGGCGUCAAGGUGCGAGAUCUUCUGCGAAAUCCUAAUCGCUCUCUUACUCCCUCCUCUCGGCGUCUUCUUCCGCCAUGGUUGCUGCAGCCUGGAAUUUUGUAUAUGUUUGCUGUUGACUAUCUUAGGAUACGUUCCUGGUAUGAUCUAUGCUCUGUAUGUAAUCGUCGUUGUGGAUCGUGAUCGAUGGGAUAGAGAUGACUAUUACUUUUAUCGCGUUUCAUAAUUGAUGAUGUAAUUUUCAAUUCUCCGAUCUCCGAUCUCCAAUAUUUAUAUCUGGAUUGUUAAAUAGUUGUAUUAAUACCUUAUUUUGAAUCCCUAAUUUUAAUUGUUGUCGAUCGUAUUUGUGUUUGAUUGUCAGAAAAAAUUGUACUUGUCGUUGUAUUAUACGAUUGGUUUUGUCAUUUAAGUUUUGCGUUUUCACUUGUUUAGUAGUAUACCUAAUUUUAUCCGUCUGCUUUAAUCUUUUACUAAUUUUAUAAUUGAGCAGUGUACUUUGCAAUAGGUAAUGAAUUAAUCAUUGAGCUUUACAUUAAGUAAUCAAUCAGUUGAGUACUGAAGUUUAAAAGUUAAUCAAUUGGACACCGUGAGCCAAGGCGUUACCUCUUUGCUAUUUUGACAGGAAAAAGCUCAGAAAAAAAAGCAAACGAAAGAUGCAUACUUCUUUACUUGAACUAUGCUUAGCAGUCCUUACGACUUAGCGGAGAAGGACUAACCCUUUGCUUAGGUGACGAGAAGUCAAUUUAUGUUGUAAGGGUUUGAUUGAAGAAACUUUGACUACUAGGCACCCAAGAUUCUCAAGUUGUAGUAGUGUUGUUAACCUUUAAGAAAUACUUCUACGUAAGAAGUAAAGGUAAAGAAAAAAAACACUUUUAGUAUUCUGCAUAAGGUAAGAUCUGGGUGGAGGUUUUAUUUUUUCUGAAAGAUGCCACAAAUAAUACUCGUUCUUCCAAAGAGGGAGUAAAGAGAGAUGCGCACAGUCAAGAAACCCCCAAUUGCUACCUGCGUUCAGUAGGAGUCGAACCUUAAACUUUCUGCUCCACAUGCAGAUAGCUCUAUUCAUUGAGCCACAAGUGUUUUUGGUUCCCUCUCUUUUUCUCUCUUCUCUCUAAAAUAACCCUAAUUUAUGUGGUUGGUUUGGGGCUAUCAUUAACCAUUUGGUCGAUAGUAAACUCCUAAUUUCUCCGUUUUAAUCUUUAUUUAAUAUGAUUAGAAUAAAUAUUUGUCCUUUUCGUACAUGAGAGUUGUUCUAGCCAUUCAUUGGGUUGAUUCAACUCAUAUAUUGGGUUUUGAUCUCUCUCCUUGUGAGAGUUUGGGGUUAUGAAUUUUAGUCUCUAGUUUAUUUGUUGGUACAGAUUAAUGCGAUAAUGUAACAUACAUCAAAAUUGCAAUUACCAUCAACUACAUCAAGUUAAAUUCUAUCUCAAGACAACAUAUCGAAAGAUCCCUCGUAGAAGGUCGUAUCAAAGAAUGAUAUGAAAGAAGAUAUUCAGAAUUGACAUAUAUCAUAAUUCAUAUAUAACAAUGAUCGUAAUUUUGUUAAUUUUGAAUUAUAUAUGGUUAAAAUUAUUAUGUACUUAUUAAUUUUUAUUUGAUGUAGAUGUGGUAACUCUUUAUUAUAAUAAAUCAAGUAUUUUGAGCACUAACUACCAUUCAAGUCUCGAGUAACCGAUCUCCUCAACUGUCUCUCUCUCUUCGUCAUUAAGGCGAGAACAAAUUCAACACUUCAAAACUUCAUCCCCUCCACAACUUACUCUUUCAAGUCUAACCUUAUCAGUUAUUACUCCAUAGACAAUGGUGUCAAGGUGCGAGAUCUUCUGCGAAAUCCUUAUCGCUAUCUUACUUCCACCUCUUGGUGUUUUCUUCCGCCAUGGUUGCUGCAGUUGUCAAUUCUGGUUAUGCGUUCUGCUGACAAUUCUAGGGUACAUACCUGGAAUGAUCUACGCAAUUUAUGCAAUCGUUGUUGUAGAUCGUGAUCGAUGGCACAGAGAUGGCUAUUACUAUUAUCGCGUUUCAUAGUUUUAAAUUUGAUUGUAAAAUCGAACUCUCUGAAUUUCUUGAUCUGGUCUGGUUUUCGAUUGUUGUAUGUUGUAUAAUAAAUUCUGUAAUUUUUUCCUUUAAUUGACAGUUUAAUGUUAAUUUUUUUUGAAA